AUGGCUUCACCGAGAGCCCGUCUGCCUCGUGCAGGCAAACUCGGGGUUUUGAUACCGAGAUCGAAGCCUCACGGUAUCUCGAUAUGUCCAUUUUGCUGCAUUACAUCACGGCCGCGAAUACGACCUCGUCGCGCUAUCCUCGGAAAACGUUUAUACACUGUGUCGACGAAUCCUCGUGCCGAGCUUGAACAACACCUCCUCGAUAUUCAGAAACUCGCACCGUCUUUGGUGAAUCUUUCAAGAUUGCAAUUGGCACUGCAGGGACUGCGGCAAAUACCUGGCCAGGAAGCUGUGAGGGUUGCGAUAUUAGGACUGGCACCUGGCUCGAAUGCGGGACAGACUGCGAAAAAUGUUCUGAGGGUUUUGGUAACGGAUCCGCUGCAGGAUGAGCAAGAAUGGGAGCGCCAAUUGAAGGGCCAUGAUCCAAAGAACCCCCUCGUUGUUCGGAUCCGGUCCGCUGCAGAGCAGCAGAGUACUUUAACAGUCACCAGAACGGGUCUUUUGAGUGAGGUCAAUGUUUCCUCGGCGGAAUGGAACAGCCUCAACUUGGAGCUACUGUUAAUGGACACGCAUCUUCCCGAGUUCUCUAGAGAUGAGAAAACACGGGCUAUCGAGGUCGAAGAAGCUGUUCUGGUGCCCAAGGUCGGCAUUCCAUCGGCUGAAGAUCGAGUGACACCAGUUACUACACCUGUGCACAGAGCGAUUCUUGUCGGUGAUGGGUUUGAAGGAGCUGUCAAUGUCACAUCGGUGCCGGUUGCCAAGGAGGAGUCUGUGCUAAAAGUGGUUGAUUUGAGAGGCGUUGACUCAAAGCAGCUUGAUGCAUCCUUUACGCUUGUUGAUACAUCACUUGCUGAGAGGGGAGUGUCACUCUUUCGUCAAAGUUCCAGCAAUGCCAUUGAGUAUGAGCGGCUUUGGUUCAACAGUAACUUCCCUGCCUUAACAACGUGGCUUAAGUCAGGAAUCAGCUCCUCCGAUGGCACCACGAAACCCGCAGUGCGAGGGCUCAUUACUUCUUUGUUGAACAACAUUUUGGCGCGAUGCGAAGAAGAGAAUCGUUGCGAAAUCAGGGAGACUUACCGGACUGCUCCCACUCUCAACGGUCAGGAGCCAGACUUCUCCCCUAUACUGAUCCAAGCAGCUGGUGCGUGGUCACAGCAAGCUCAUGCAGAGUUACAAGACGAGCUUGACUUGGCGUUCACAGGCCGAAGAUGGCGAAAGCUAGGAUGGUGGCAACUAUUCUGGAGGGUCGAUGAUGUUGCCAUGCUCACAAAUGAUAUGCUCAACCAGCGGUUCCUACCAACAGCAGAGCGAGAGCUUGUUUAUCUUACCGGGAAGAUCGCACAAGCUGCAAAUGCGGACCAAAACUAUCCUCAACCACACUCCGUGAACGAUAGCGACACACAUUUGGAGCUGAAGCGACUUGGCCCAGGAGAGGUGGAACCACUGGCACCAGUGAACAACCGACUAGCACUACCAAAAUGGCCUGGUCAUAUUGCCUUUACCCGAAGGUAUCUCCAAAACGAGACUGUCCCUGCGCUGCAGGCUCUCGCACAACGCUUGGUCGUGCAGUCGUUAGGGACUUCUGGACUUACAACAUCCCUCGCCGCUCUUCUCUAUAUCUCCUCCUUCUCCUCGACAGUCUACGAAGCCGGUGCUGUGGCAGCACUCGGUAUAGUCUGGAGUUGCAGCCGGUUACAGAAGAAAUGGGAUGCAGCGCGAGCAUUCUGGGAGGGCGAAGUGCGAGAGGAAGGCCGUAAGGCUCUCCGGGGCGUUGAGGACAGUGUUGCAGAGGUUCUCAGCCACGAGAAGCAACAGGAAAAGCCGGUCGUAGACCAAAAAGGUAAUGAGAUUAACGAGGUUCGCGAGCUGGUGGCCAAGGCCCAGGAAGCUCUUGGCCGAAUGAAAUAA